AUGAUCUUUGUUGAAGCAGAGACAUUUUAUUGAGUGCAGUUUUCUUUAACACAACACGCAGAGGCAUCGGACUGAAGCAAGGAAAGAAGAAUAAUCAGAUUAUCAUCAAACAGAGGAAAUAUGCACUGGAGGCUUUUUCUGCUCAUUCUGAUAGGUCAGUGUUCAUUGAUUUUAUGCCAGCACUAUGAGUACUAUUUUAUUGAAGAGCCUAAAACUUGGGACGAAGCUCAGCACUACUGUAGAGAAAGAUAUAAAGACCUGGCCACAGUGCCUAACAUGAAAUAUAUGAAGACACUGUACACGGAUUCUACAGAGAAUCAAGCAAACGCCUGGAUUGGGCUGUACAGCAUCUCAGGAAAAGAAAACAGGAGGUGGCACUGGUCUCUGCCAGGAGUGGAGUUCCAUGCUGAGGAGAUGAAAUGGAGAGCAGGUGAACCUAAUGACGGAUUCAAACAUCUUGAGAACUGUGCAGUGAUUGACAUCUCUGAUGGGUUGAUGGAUUUGGGCUGUUCGUAUGACUUCACCUUUAUCUGCUAUAAUGAACAAAACAAAUCACUCCAUUUCAUUGACUCUCCAAAAGCAUGGCGUGAGGCUCAGAGCUACUGCAGAGAGCACCACACAGACCUGGCCAGUGGAGCAGAACAGUUAAAGGAAGCAGUCAGUAAACUAAAGAGUUCUGAUGAACCACUAUCAUGGAUCGGCCUGUUCAGAGACACCUGGAGGUGGUCAGAUGGGAGUAAUUAUUCUUACAGACACUGGAGAGAUGUUGGUGAGUUACCUGAAGAGCUGUCUGAAUCUGACAGAGGCACCAGGAAAUGUGCGAUGACUGAAUUAAAGAAAGAAGGAAAAUGGAAAGCUGAUGAUUGUAACACCAGCAAACCUUUCUUCUGCUACGGUGGUGGAAAAUUCAUUCUGAUCAAAGAAAACAAAAGAUGGGAUGAGGCCUUAACUUACUGCCAGCUGCACCAUCAUGAUCUGGUGUCUAUCACAAAUCCCGAAGAGGAAGAAUUAGUGAAGGAGAAAGUGAAGAACGCCACCACACCGUAUGUCUGGCUGGGACUGCGCUUCAGCUGUGUUUUUCAACUGUGGCUGUGGGUCAGUGACCGGGUUGUCUGUUAUGAGAACUGGGCCAAUGAGAAACACGCUGGACAGUGUGGCAUGUCUGUAGCCAUGGAGACAGGAGGAGAGCAUAAAUGGUUCAAGAAAAAUGAUGCAGAGAUAUUUAACUUCAUCUGUUCGCUGCGAUAGGCUUUUAAACCAGUCUAAAUGACUGCUUAUAGAGUUGAUAUUUCUCGUAAUUAUGAAGUCAAAAAAUAAAAAUAUGUGAAAACUAGAAGCAGAUAACAUAUAACAGUGAAAAUUUCUC